AAAAUGGAAAGCGAAGUUCCCACCACCGAAGUAAAGAGCAGCAAAUUGAUCAGUCUAGAGCAAUCGAUACUGACCAAGAGCAUGAAGCAAGACUCUAGGGCAUUUUGCAGUGUUUAUUCUCACAUCCUAGGAGAAGAAUUUAGACCUUAUCAUGGAUGGCCAGACUCUUUGAAAGAAUGUAUACAUGGAGGCUUAAAAUUUUUCUUUACAGAUCUUAAAUGUUUGGAAUUGACUCAAAAGAUAUGCCCUUUAAAGAUCUUUAAUAUAUAUAACAUUUACCUGUUUGCUAUCAAGCAUGAGAAUAAGGAUAUUUUAAAAUUCCUUGAUUCCUCAUUUCCAAGUAAAGUUAAUUUUCUUUUAAUUCCCCUCCAUUAUCAAAUGGAAACGAAUAUUGGUUUUUACUUUAAUUCCUUAAUGAGACUUGGCCCAAGAAUCAUCAAACAUGUAAUUUUCUUUUAUUUCAAACUGAAUCUUCCUCAACUAAAAAGGCUAAUGGCAUCUUACAAACAUGUGAAAUGUUUGGGAUUACAAAAUUGCAAAUUAUCUAUCCCAACUGUUCCUGAUUUCUCAAAAGCACUUAAAAAUUGCCAGAUCCAAGACCUUAAUUUAUCUGAAACAGGAGGUCCCUUUAAAAGCGAUUGGAAAAACAAUCUCAAAGAGUUCAAGAACCUUGUGCAAGGACUAGCUAGUUCUCCAGAUUUAAGACUAAACCUCACAACAGUUAGAAUUGAAAGCUGUAGAAUAAAGAAUGAAGAAGCCCAAGAAAUAUUUGCAGAGAACCAACUUGACAAAAUAAAGAUAAUUACUUAGCUUUAAUUCUAAAUUGAACUGUUACCCUAA